AUGGAGACUAAGUAUGAUGUUACUGAGAUGAAAUGGGUACAAAGGAAGUUGGACAGAAAACAGGGGCUUGUGGUGCCUUGUAUUCAUCAAGGGGGUGGGCUUGCUCUCCUAUGGAGGUGUUCUACAACUGUGGAGGUGCAAACUUACUCUCCCAACCAUAUAGAUGUUAUCAUUUCGGAGAAUCAGGGUGCAAGGAAAUGGAGGUUUACCGGUUUUUAUGAGCACCCCAAAACUAGUAGGUGCAAUGAAUCUUGGACUUUGCUUUCAAGACUCAGUAGUCGCAGUGACUUACCUUGGGUGUGUAUGGGGGAUUAUAAUGAACUCAUGUUCGCAAGUGAAAAGGAGGGUGGUAAUACUAGACCUGAGGGUCAGAUGAAACAAUUCGAAGAUGCAAUAAAUAGAUGCAACCUCAGGGACUUGGGGUACAAGGGCUCGGCUUUCACUUGGCGGCGGAGGUUAGGCAACCACGGGUGGAUACAAGAAAGACUAGACCAUGCACUGGUCUUCACCAAUUGGGUUAGGAUGUUCCCACGUUCCAAAUUACUUCAUAUUGCUUCCUCUACAUCUGACCAUAGUAUUCUACUCCUAAAGGCAGCCAACCCCCUUCGACAGAAAUCCAGGAGAUCAAAACUAUUUCGGUUCAAAGCCAUGUGGUUCAAAGAUGAGGCGUGUAGUGAGGUGGUUCAAGAAGUGAGGGCAAGAGGUGAAAACAGGGGCUCUCAAUGGCCAAUUGCUAGCUGCCUGGAAGAAUGCCAAUCCGCUCUAAUGUCGUGGAACAAAAAUAUUUUUGGCCACGUAGGUAGAAGAGUCACUGCUCUGCAACAGAAGCUCCAAAUUCUGGAGAAUUUGAACAUGGGAGGUGCGGCUUUGAAUGACAUUCAUGAGGUUAGAUUAGAGUUAAACAAAGCUCUUGCCAUUGAGGAAGAUAUGUGGCUUCAGAGGUCAAGGAAUAGUUGGUUGAAAGCAGGGGACAAGAAUACGACUUUUUUCCACACCAAAGCAUCCAACCGCAUGCAGCGUAACACUAUAGCUAGGGUGCUGGACUCCAAUAAUGUGUGGAUAGAAGAUGAGGAGCAGAUUGGUCAUGAAUUUGUACAGUAUUUUGCUGGCCUCUUUACCUCCUCCAACCCUCGGAUUGAGGGGGAGCUUAUUGAUGCAAUUCAGCCAAAGGUAUUGGAUAGGAUGAAUGCCUCACUGAUCAGGGAAUUCUAG